GUAUGCAAGAAACGAAGAAUUACGUGAUUGGAUAUUUGACCUCAAUGCGACAAUGGAAUGGUACAAUGAAAUAAGAAGAAUAAGUAAUCCCAUAGAGUUUGAAAUCAUAAGUGAUGAAGUUGAGGAAAUUGACUUCCUCAUACAAGAAGCACUAGAUACCCUAAACUGGAAUUCAUUUAUGGUAUCAGUGUACAUAGAAAAAAUGCACUACAUGAUAAAGUGCCUAAAUGAUCGUCUGAAAAUGGCACAAGCAAAUAUUGAACACAUAAUUUCAAUGAUAGAACCCUGGACAAAAAUACCAUUAUAUGAACGUAAAGAUGGGAGAAAGGAAGCACUACUGUACCUAGAAGAUCGACAUAACAGGCUUGAGAAAAGGUACAAUGAAAUAAAGCGUGCAGGAAUUACAAUUCAUGAAAUAAUGGCAACAAAUUACAAUUUAUUCUUUAACAUAGUACCGGAAGAAGAAAAGUUAGAGGAAGAGGAACAAGAAGAGGAGGAGGAAGAAGAAGGCAUAGAAGGAGAAGAAGUACCUCCUACAGAAGAAGCAGCAGGCACAGAAGCACCAGAAGGUCCUGAUGCUCAUGAAGAAGAAGAUGCUGGCGAAGAACCAAAAAGAAAGAAAUCAAAAAAGGUAGUAGAGGAACCCAUUGAGAAAGAUGUGGGGAUAGAGCUACUUGGUGUCAAGGCAGGAAAAACUAAGAAACAGGAACCAGAAUGGAAACUGGAAGAAUUUGCUUUUGAUGAUGAAGAAAAACCACCCGAAGAGGAAGAACCAGUAGUUGAAGUUAAACCAGUUAAAGAGAAGCCAUCGAAAGGAGACCUCAAAAAAAAGAAAAAGAAAUCUGUAGAACUUCCAGCCCCACCAGUCAAGAAGCCAGGUGCAAGAGGACGCCAACCGCCAGAGCCAGAGCCAGAACCAGAGCCAGAAGAAAUAGAGGAGGAAGAAGAACUAGAACUCACAGAAUCAGAAUUGUUCCUGCAACAGAGGAGAGCUGAGAAAUGGGAGCCAUAUGUUGAAUUUGUGGAUGACCUUGUGUUUGAAGGAUUACAGGCAACACUUAUAUGCAGUUUAUCCUUAUUUGUGGACCAGAUGGACCCUGAUUCUGGAGGUGCUCCACUGUUUGCAGUGUCAUUGGUACUCAAAGAACCUGAGCUUAUGUUUAUUCCUUCACUAGAUACUGAUGACCCAGAUGGCUUCUAUAAACUUGUAGAGAGCUUGAUCAAAGAUAUAAUGCGAAUGUCUUUCCUUAUUGAAAGAGUUAGCCAGAAUCCAGAAAAAUUACGUUACAAGCAUGAACUGGAAGCCAAUGAAGAACUCAUAGACAUGAGGCAGGAGAUGAUGUGCCAUGUGCAGCUUGCAAUGGAUGAGGCUAAUGAGUACUGUAAAAAGUUCCAAGAAUAUGCACAUCUGUGGUUAGAUGACCGGCAGGAGUUCCUUCAACAGUUUAUAACCUAUGGGCAUGCUUUAACCCCGGAAGAAAUUUACUUGGUGGAAGCAGGCAUUGAAGACCAUCCAAACUUACAGAAGAAUCCUCCAACUCUACCUAAAUUCAAAGAACAAAUCGAUCACUUUGAUCAGCAGUAUGCCACAAUAGAGAAAAUGGAUCCUACAGCAGUCUUUUCAGGAUGGUUUCAGGUUAAUUUACAGCCAUUUAAAGAAACACUUCUCAUUAAUGUAAGUGAAUGGAGCAAACUUCUCAAACAGCACCUGGAAAAUCAUGUUAUUAACAGCCUCCAAGAGCUUUCAGACUUUAUUGCGGAAGCUAAUAAAGUCUUAUUGACACCAGUGGAUUAUGAUGUGCUUCCUAAAAUCAUGAUCUACUUAAAUCAAGUGAAAGAGCGAAGUUUGACUACUGACCAAAUGUUUGAUCCUAUAAAGGAAACGAUAAAUCUGUUGAAGACAUAUGAUGUUGAAUUUUCAGAUGAAGUACACCAGCAACUGCAGAGUUUACCUGAAAUGUGGAAUAAUACUAUGAAAAUAGCAACUGUCACUAAGAUGCAAGCAACACCAUUCAUCAAUGCAGAAAGUGCCCUAAUAAGAGAAAAGCUGAAAGUUUUUGACUUGAAGCAGAUAAAGUAUCUUGAGUUCUUCAAAAAACUACCUCUAUACAAGUAUACUUGUCGGGAUGAAUACAACCUGAUGAAUACUACAAAUAAUGAACUUAAAAAUCUAGAGACCCAACUAGAGGAAAUAAAAUCGCAAGCUGAUUUAUUUGAAGUUAAUGUGCCAGAAUUCAAACAAAUUUCACUUUGUCGAAAGGAUCUUGCUAUGCUGAAGACUUUAUGGGAUUAUAUCAAUGUUGUGCGAUCAAACAUUGAUGACUGGAAAACAACUCGAUGGAAAGAAAUUGAUGUUGAGGCUAUGGAUCAAGAAUGUAAGAAGUUUGGGAAAAGCCUUCGUGGACUAGACAAAGAGAUGCGAGUGUGGGAUGCCUACAUUAGCCUGGAAGGUACGUUGAAGAACUUAUUAACAUCCUUGAGAGCUGUGACAGAACUACAAAAUCCAGCAAUUAGGGAACGUCAUUGGAAGCAGCUUAUGGAAGCAACGAAGGUCAAGUUCCAUAUGGAUGCUUCAACGACACUUGCUGACUUGUUGGCACUGAAUCUUCACAAAUAUGAGGAAGAGGUAAAGAAUAUAGUUGACAAAUCUGUCAAGGAAAUGUCAAUGGAAAAGGUACUCAAAGAAUUACAUGCAACAUGGUCAACAAUGGAAUUUGAGCGUGAAGUCCAUCCACGAACAGGCUGCACCUUACUUCGGGCCAGUGAAGAGCUUAUUGAAACACUGGAGGACAACCAGGUGCAGCUGCAAAAUCUAAUGGGUUCCAAGUACAUUGCUUAUUUCCUGGAAGAGGUGUCAGACUGGCGGACGAAACUUUCGAAUGCUGAUCAAGUUAUUUCAAUUUGGUUUGAGGUACAACGUACAUGGACCCACCUUGAAUCAAUAUUUAUAGGGUCAGAAGAUAUUCGUAAUCAGCUACCAGAAGACUCCCAGAGGUUUGAUAGAGUCGACAGAGAAUUCAGAGAUUUACUGUCAGAUGUGAGCAAGACUCCAAAUGUUGUUGUGGCUACAAACAGACAUGGUCUCUAUGAAAAAUUAGAGAAUCUGCAACAGAUGCUUGUAUUAUGUGAGAAGGCCCUAGCUCAGUACUUAGAAACCAAGCGUCUUGCUUACCCAAGAUUCUACUUUGUUUCGUCUGCUGACUUGCUGGAUAUUCUUUCAAAUGGAAAUCAGCCAGAGCUGGUCUGCAAACAUCUCUCCAAGUUGUAUGAUUCACUGGCUAAACUGAAAUUUACUCAGGAAGGAGGCAGAAACACAAAGAUGUCUCAUACAAUGGUGGCCAAAGAUGGAGAAGAAGUGAAACUGGAUGGUAUUUGUGAUUGUUCAGGAAAGGUUGAAAUAUGGCUAAAUCGUGUAACUGAUGCUAUGCGAAGAACAUGUCGUUAUUAUUUUGAAAAUGCUGUUUCUACAUACGAUGAGAAACCUCGAGAACAGUGGCUCUUUGACUACCCUGCUCAACCAGCAUUAUGCGGCACGCAGAUCUGGUGGGCUACUGAAGUUAACAUGGCAUUUGCUCACCUUGAAGAAGGCUUUGAGAAUGCUCUUAAAGACUACCAGAAGAAACAGAUAUCACAGCUGAGUGUACUUAUAACUUUGCUGCUUGGUGAUCUCACAAAAGGGGAUCGCCAAAAAAUUAUGACAAUUUGUACAAUUGAUGUUCAUUCCAGAGAUGUUGUUGCAAAGCUGAUUCAACAAAAAGUUGAAUCAGCAUCGGCAUUCCAAUGGCAAUCACAGCUCAGGCAUAGGUGGGAUCAGAAGUUUAAAGAUUGUUUCUGCAAUAUAUGUGAUGCACAAUUUAGAUAUGGCCAUGAGUAUCUCGGAAAUACACCUCGUUUAGUCAUCACGCCACUUACUGACCGUUGUUAUAUCACACUGACCCAGUCAUUGCAUUUGAUCAUGGGAGGAGCACCAGCUGGGCCUGCAGGUACAGGCAAAACAGAGACUACAAAAGACCUUGGCAGAGCAAUGGGUGUCAUGGUCUAUGUAUUCAACUGUUCAGAACAAAUGGAUUACAAGUCAUGUGGAAAUAUCUACAAGGGCUUGGCACAGACUGGUGCAUGGGGCUGUUUUGAUGAAUUCAAUCGCAUCUCUGUAGAAGUAUUGUCUGUGGUGUCUGUACAAGUGAAAUCUGUUCUGGAUGCUAUUAAGGGCAAGAAGACAACUUUCAACUUUAUGGGCGAAGUCAUAGCUUUAAUACCAACUGUAGGGAUGUUCAUUACUAUGAACCCAGGGUAUGCUGGAAGAACUGAGCUACCUGAAAACUUGAAAGCACUUUUCAGGCCAUGUGCAAUGGUGGUACCAGAUUUUGAACUGAUCUGUGAAAUUAUGUUAGUGGCAGAAGGUUUCCAAGAAGCACGUCUCUUGGCUCGUAAGUUCAUCACUCUUUACACUCUGUGCCGAGAGCUGUUGUCCAAACAAGACCACUAUGAUUGGGGACUCAGGGCAAUAAAAUCUGUGCUAGUAGUUGCUGGCUCUCUCAAGCGUAGUGACCGAGAGAGACCAGAAGAUCAAGUGUUAAUGAGGGCUUUGAGAGAUUUCAAUAUACCAAAGAUAGUUACUGAUGAUGUACCUGUCUUCAUGGGUCUCAUUGGGGAUCUGUUCCCUGCACUGGAUGUUCCUAGGAAACGAGAUCUAGAUUUUGAAAAAAUGGUGAAGCAAGCUGCUGUGGAUAAUAAGCUCCAGCCUGAAGAUAAUUUUAUUCUCAAGAUAGUACAGCUGCAGGAACUUCUAGAAGUAAGACACUCAGUCUUCAUAGUUGGGAAUGCUGGUACUGGCAAGACUAUGGUAUGGCGCACACUAUUCAGGACAUACCAAAAUAUGAAGAGGAAGCCGUUUUACAAUGACUUAAACCCAAAAGCUGUCACUAAUGAUGAGCUCUUUGGGAUAAUCAACCCUGCUACCAGAGAAUGGAAGGAUGGUUUGUUCUCAGUUAUCAUGCGUGAUCAAGCCAACUUAGCUGGUGAUGGUCCGAAGUGGAUCAUGCUUGAUGGAGACAUUGAUCCAAUGUGGAUUGAAUCUCUUAAUACUGUGAUGGAUGACAAUAAGGUCUUGACACUAGCUAGUAAUGAAAGAAUUGCCCUUACACCAAUGAUGCGCCUACUAUUCGAAAUUUCAAACUUGAGAACUGCUACUCCAGCUACCGUUUCUCGAGCAGGAAUACUUUACAUAAACCCGCAGGAUCUAGGCUGGGGUCCAUUUGUUGCAAGUUGGAUUGAUAAAAGGGAGACAGAGACAGAAAAGCGAAAUCUUACCACUUUGUUUGAAAAAUAUGUUCCACCUUGCCUGGAUGCAGUACGUUUAAAGUUUAAAAAAAUUACACCUAUUCCUGACAUAUCACACAUCCAGAUGUUAUGCCAUCUCCUUGAUUGUUUGCUCACACCAACAAAUCUGCCUCCAGAAUGUCCAAAUGAAUGGUAUGAAGUGUAUUUUGUAUUUGCAUGCAUUUGGGCAUUUGGAUCUGCAUUAUUUCAAGAUCAGCUGGUGGACCACAGAGUUGAAUUUACUAAAUGGUGGACAAAUGAAUUCAAAAGUAUCAAAUUACCUCCUCAAGGCACUGUUUUUAAUUACUUCAUAGAUAAUGAGACAAAAGCUUUCAUGCCAUGGACUGAAAAAGUCAAAAAGUUUGAACUUAACUAUGAUAUCCCAUUACAGUCAUUACUUGUGGAUACAAAUGAGACAUCACGCCUUCGGUUUUUCAUGGAUCUUCUAAUGGAGAAAGGCCUUCCAGUGAUGCUUGUUGGAACUGCUGGGUCAGGAAAGAGUGUUAUUGUGGCAGAAAAGCUGAGUGCAUUGCCAGAAGAUUACAUUGUUACAAAUGUACCAUUCAACUUUUAUACCACAUCUGAAAUGCUGCAAGCUGUGUUGGAGAAACCACUUGAGAAGAAAGCUGGACGCAAUUAUGGGCCUCCAGGCAGCAAACUCAUGGUGUAUUUUGUAGAUGAUAUGAAUAUGCCUGAAGUGGAUACCUAUGGCACUGUGCAACCUCACACAUUGAUUCGUCAGUACUUUGACUAUAGACACUGGUACGAUCGGAUCAAGCUUUCUCUGAAGGACAUUCACAACUGCCAGUUUGUUUCCUGCAUGAACCCAACAGCAGGCAGUUUCACUAUCAAUCCACGGCUUCAGCGCCACUUCAGUGUUUUUGCUGUGAGCACUCCCUCACCUGAGUCCCUAUUUCAUAUUUAUCAUUCUAUUCUUAGCCAACAUUUGGCUAAUCCUAUACUGAAGUUUAAUCCAGCCAUUCUGAAGAUAACUCAAGAGUUGGUGAAUGCUGCUCUUUUUCUCCAUGGCAAGAUGGGAGCCAUGUUUCUGCCAACAGCUGUGAAAUUCCAUUAUGUUUUCAACUUGCGGGAUCUGUCAAAUAUAUUCCAGGCUAUGCUGUUCAGUAUCGCUGAAUGUGUGCCCACUGCAAGAGAUCUUAUACGACUGUGGAUUCAUGAGGCUACACGAGUGUAUGGAGAUAAGCUGGUUGAUACAGCUGAUGCAGAAGUUUUCAGCAAGCUAGUAGCUACUGUAGUUAAAAAGGGAUUUCAGGAGAUAGAUGAAAACAUUUUCGACAAGCCACUAAUUUUUUGUCAUUUUGCUGAAGGUAUCGGUGAAAGUAAGUACUUGCCAAUUAACAACUGGGCUCAACUAAGCCGGUUGUUAGCAGAAGCUCUGGGACAGUACAAUGACCUAGUAGCUGCCAUGAAUCUGGUAAUGUUUGAAGAUGCUAUGCAACAUGUUUGCCGUAUAAACAGAAUUCUGGAAGCUCCGCGAGGAAAUGCACUGUUAGUAGGUGUUGGAGGCAGUGGAAAGCAAUCCCUCUCUCGUCUGUCUGCAUUCAUUUCAUCACUUGAGGUGUUUCAGAUUCAACUACGGAAAGGCUAUUCAAUGAAUGAUAUGAAAUUAGAUCUUGCAGCCCUCUAUUUGAAAGCUGGACUUAAGAAUGUAGGAAUUAUGUUUCUGAUGACUGAUUCCCAAGUUGCAGAGGAAAAAUUUCUUGUCCUUGUCAAUGACAUGCUGGCAUCAGGUGAAAUACCAGGUCUGUUUGCAGAUGAUGAAAUUGAAAAUAUUAUAGGCGCUAUGAGAAAUGAAGUAAAAGCAGCAGGAUUGCCUGAAACAAAAGAGGUUUGCUGGAAAUUUUACAUUGACAGAGUACGAAGGUUGUUAAAAGUAGUUCUCUGCUUUUCACCAGUUGGUUCUACAUUAAGAGUAAGAGCUAGAAAAUUCCCUGCAGUGGUAAACUGUACAUCUAUAAAUUGGUUUCAGGAAUGGCCACAAGAAGCUCUGGAGUCCGUAUCUGAACGUUUCUUGCUAGAGGUAGAGGUGCUUCCAGAGGAGGUUCGUAGAUCUGUAUCUCUCUUUAUGGCUUAUGUUCAUACUGUUGUUAAUGAAAUGUCACAAGUAUACUUAAAUAAUGAAAAACGAUACAAUUACACGACACCAAAGACAUUUCUUGAGCAGAUCAAUCUGUAUUCUAAGUUACUGAAUGAGAAAACAGAUGAACUCCAAAGCCGUAUUAUAAGAUUGACAAAUGGUUUGGAGAAAUUAGCAAGUACUGCUCAGCAGGUGGAUGGACUAAAAGAGACUCUUGCAGUACAAGAAGUGGAAGUAAAAGAAAAGAAUGAUGCUGCUGACAAACUAAUUCAGGUGGUUUCCACAGAGACAGAGAAAGUUUCUAAAGAAAAAGUAAUAGCAGCUGAAGAGGAAAGAAAUGUGCGGAUAAUUGAAGCUGAAGUUAGUGCCAAGCAGAAAGUAUGUGAAGAAGAAUUACUGAAAGCAGAACCUGCACUUCUUGCUGCACAAGAGGCUCUUAAUACAUUGAAUAAAAAUAAUUUAACUGAACUGAAGUCUUUUGGUGCACCUCCUCCUGCAGUAGUGAAUGUGACUGCUGCUGUUAUGGUGCUGUUUGCUCCAAAAGGCAAAAUACCAAAAGACCGUAGCUGGAAAGCGUGUAAAGUUAUGAUGGCCAAAGUUGAUGAGUUCCUCAACAACCUGAUAUAUUAUGAUAAAGAGCACAUCCAUCCAGAAGUUAUAAAGGCUAUACAGCCUUAUUUGAAAGACCCUGAGUUUGUACCUGAAAACAUUCUUAGUAAAUCACAGGCAGCUGCAGGACUGUGUGCAUGGGUUAUAAACAUAAUGAAAUUUUAUGAUGUGUAUGUUGUAGUAGAACCAAAGCGACGUGCACUAAUACAAGCAAACAAUGAACUUCAAGCUGCCAAAGAUCGACUAAGUUCCCUUCAGGAGAAGCUGAAGAGUUUGGAAGACCAGUUGGCAACAUUAACUAGUGAAUUUGAGGCAGCUCUUGCUGCAAAACAGAAAUGCCAACAAGAAGCUGAUGCCACAGCUUUAACAAUAGACCUUGCAAAUCGCCUAGUCAAUGGUCUAGCAUCAGAAAACGUCCGCUGGAGAGACAGUGUAGAUAAUUUGAAAGAAGCUGCUUCUAUGUUGCCUGGAGAUGUCCUGAUGGUGACUGCAUUUAUAUCUUAUGUUGGCUGCUUUACUCGUCAAUAUCGAAUUGACCUGCAAGAGAAGUACUGGGCACCCUUCAUUGCACAACUAGAUCCAGCAAUACCACUCACAGAGGGUAUGGAUCCAUUAAGCUUACUGACAGAUGAUGCUCAAAUUGCAGCUUGGAACAAUGAAGGCCUUCCAAGUGAUCGCAUGUCUGCAGAAAAUGCGACUAUUCUAACUAACUCCACCCGCUGGCCAUUGAUGAUUGAUCCACAACUUCAGGGUAUCAAGUGGAUAAAAACAAAGUAUGGUGAGGAACUAAAAGUUGUACGUUUAGGUCAAAAAACUUGUAUGGAUGUUAUUGAAACUUCUAUAGCAGAGGGAUAUACUGUUUUACUAGAGAAUAUUGGAGAAUCUGUUGAUGCUGUAUUAGAACCACUACUUGGGCGUAACCUGAUAAAGAAAGGUAAAGCAAUAAAAAUGGGUGACAAGGAAGUGGACUAUAAUCCUCGGUUUCGACUUAUUUUGCAGACAAAAUUGGCAAAUCCACAUUAUAAGCCAGAAAUGCAGGCACAGACAACAUUAAUUAAUUUCACAGUGACAAGAGAUGGAUUAGAGGAACAGAUUUUAGCAGAAGUGGUCAAAGCUGAAAGACCAGAUCUUGAAAGUCUGAAGUCAGAGCUCACAAAACAACAAAAUGAUUUCAAAAUCACCCUGAAAAUGCUUGAAGAUGAUUUGCUGCAGCGUUUGGCAUCAGCAGGGGAUGAUAUUUUGAGCGAUACAACUUUAGUCACAAAUCUAGAAACUACUAAGAGAACAGCAGCAGAAAUUGAAGUUAAAGUAGCUGAAGCAAAAGUCACUUCUGUUCAAAUAGAUGAAGCAAGAGAACAGUACCGUCCUGCUGCCACAAGGGCAUCACUUUUGUAUUUUAUAUUAAAUGAUCUGCACAAAAUCAAUCCUAUGUAUCAGUUUUCACUUAAAGCUUUCAGUGUGGUAUUUCAAAAUGCAAUUGCACAAGCACAACCAGCUGAAGCUUUAUCAGAGAGAGUUUUGCAUCUGAUUGACAGUAUAACAUUUUGUGUUUUUAUGUAUACCAGUCGUGGGCUCUUUGAAUGUGACAAAUUGAUUUUUAUGGCACAAAUGGCAAUACAGAUACUUCUUACAAGCAAUGAAAUACAUCCUGCAGAACUCGAUUUUCUGUUACGAUUUCCUGCAAAUCCAAAUGUGGUGAGCCCUGUGGAUUUUCUCACGAAUAUGGGUUGGGGAGGUAUUAAAACACUGACAAACAUGGAUCAGUUCAAAAAUCUUGAUAGAGACAUAGAAGGUGCUGCCAAGAGGUGGAAGAAAUAUGUGGAAGCAGAAACACCUGAAAGGGAAAAAUUGCCACAAGAAUGGAAAAAUAAAUCAGCCUUACAAAGACUUUGUAUAAUGAGGUCUCUAAGACCAGACAGAAUGACAUAUGCAAUGAGGACAUUCAUUGAAGAGAAACUAGGGAACAAGUACACAGAAGCCCGUAAUGUUGAAUUCGCAAAAUCAUUCCAGGAGACAACAUCCACAACACCGGUUUUCUUCAUACUGUCUCCUGGUGUAGAUCCACUAAAAGAUGUUGAGAAGCUAGGGAAAAAAUUAGGUUUCACAUUUGACAAAAGAAAUUUUCAUAAUGUGUCCCUAGGUCAGGGUCAAGAAGUUGUUGCAGAAGAAGCUAUGGAAAUUGCAUCACAGAAAGGUCACUGGGUAAUCCUUCAGAAUAUACAUCUGGUAAAGAACUGGCUUCCAUCACUGGAGAAAAAGAUGGAACAAUGCAGUGAAUCAGCACACACAGCUUUCAGGCUCUUUAUGAGUGCUGAACCAGCAGGUGAUCCAUCAGCUCAUAUCAUUCCACAAGGGAUUUUAGAAUCAUCAAUAAAAAUUACCAAUGAACCACCGACAGGAAUGCUUGCAAAUCUCCAUAAAGCACUGGACAACUUUACUCAAGAAACAUUGGAAAUGUGUUCCAAAGAGACUGAAUUUAAGGCAAUCCUUUUUUCACUUUGUUACUUUCAUGCUGUAAUAGCUGAAAGAAGGAAAUUUGGACCUCAAGGAUGGAACAGAGUGUAUCCUUUCAAUGUUGGUGACUUAACAAUAAGUGUGAAUGUACUAUACAACUACUUAGAAAAUAGUACAAAGGUCCCAUGGGAAGACUUGCGCUAUCUGUUUGGUGAAAUUAUGUAUGGAGGACACAUCACAGAUGACUGGGACCGCCAUUUGUGUCGAACAUAUCUCAAUGAAUAUAUGAAGCCUGAACUGCUGGAUGGAGACUUGUUUCUUGCACCGGGAUUCAAAGCACCACCAAAUCUUGACUAUCAGGGUUAUCACAACUACAUUGAUAAGUAUUUGCCAUCUGAAUCUCCAUAUCUAUAUGGUCUGCAUCCAAAUGCUGAAAUUGGGUUUUUGACAACCACUUCAGAAAACCUUUUCCGCACUCUACUGGAAAUGCAACCUAGAGAUGCUGGGGCUUCAGGUGCUACAACCAUGUCACGUGAAGAUAAGGUGAAGUCGGUUCUAGAAGAUAUAUAUGAUAAAUUACCAGAACCAUUUAACAUUAUUGAACUGAUGGCUAAAGUUGAAGACAGGACACCAUAUGUAAUUGUUGCAAUUCAAGAGUGUGAGCGAAUGAAUGCACUAACAUCAGAGAUGAGGCGUUCAUUAAGGGAGCUGAAUUUAGGUCUGAAGGGUGAGCUGACAAUAACGAGUGACAUGGAAGACUUGGAAGCAGCACUCUUCAUGGAUACUGUACCAGCCUCAUGGACAAAACGAGCAUAUCCAUCCAUGCUUACUCUUGGGCCUUGGUUUGUAGACUUUCUACUUCGCCUUAGAGAACUUGAGGAAUGGUCUUCUGACUUCCAGCUUCCUUCAGCAGUCUGGCUGGCAGGAUUCUUCAACCCACAGUCUUUCCUCACAGCAAUUAUGCAAUCCACUGCACGUAAAAAUGAAUGGCCACUGGAUAAAAUGUGCCUCCACACUGAUGUCACAAAGAAGCAGAAAGAAGAGUUCAGGUCACCACCUAGAGAGGGCGCUUAUGUGCAUGGACUAUACAUGGAAGGUGCACGAUGGGACACAGAUGUUGGAGGAAUUGUUGAAUCUCGACUCAAGGAGCUUUUCCCUGUAAUGCCUGUUGUCUAUAUAAAAGCCAUUACACAAGACAAGCUAGAUCUGCGCAAUAUGUAUGAAUGUCCUGUAUACAAAACCCGAAUGCGUGGACCCACAUAUGUGUGGACAUUCAACCUACGUACACGAGCAAAGCCUGCCAAGUGGACACUUGCUGGUGUUGCAAUUCUAUUGCAGAUUUGAAAUUUGCUUUCUAUAUUUUGUACUUUUUGUAUGAAUUGUAUAUAGCAACAUUAAUAAAUACAUUUUUACUUUCUUGAU